CUCAUCAUGUUAAAACUGGAACAUGUGAAGUGGUGGCUCUCCACCGAUGUUGUAAUAAGAACAAAAUAGAAGAAAGAUCACAGACAGUCAAGUGCUCCUGCUUUCCCGGGCAGGUAGCAGGUACCACCCGAGCAGCUCCUUCUUGUGUUGAUGCCUCAAUUGUAGAACAAAAAUGGUGGUGCCACAUGCAACCAUGUCUUGAAGGGGAGGAAUGCAAAGUCCUUCCAGAUCGAAAAGGAUGGAGCUGUUCUUCUGGGAAUAAAGUGAAAACAACAAGGGCAAACGUGUAAAACCAUUCAAGAACAAG